UUGAAGUCGUAGAAAGCGAUAUUAUGGGAGAAAAAGGAAUUGGAGCUGCCAGUAAUUUUUUGAAUCCACUACACAAGGUCAAUCAAGACUUGAUGUGUGAAAACAACAGAGAGAAACAGAGAGAUGCAAAUACUAAACUGGAAGACAUAAUAACUUGCAGUGAACCAGUACUGCAUGGAGCAUUAAAUGUGAAGGAAAGUAAUUCAAUGGCUGAGUUUUCUUCAAAAGGAUUAGAAGACAGGGUUGAAAUGCCAAUGCGACCUCCUCCAAGAGCCCCCCUCCAUGAUCUUAAAAUCCGUUCUCGAGGUGAAUCAGACCCUAUGCCUUUGGAUGUAAACCAAAUGUCUAGAGUUCUUGCUAUCCAGCAGGAUACCUUGCAUCCUGUGAUAGAAUCAAAACAGGAGGACAAUUCACCCAGGUCAGAAACUGAAAAACUUGAAAAUGCUAUUGAUUAUAACAAGGAAGGAGAAGAUUACGAUGACAAUGCAUCAGACGAUGAUGAGUGGGACAGUGAUUUUGAUGAUGAGGAUUUUGAUGACAAUGAUGAGGAAUUGAAACGUGACUCGCGAUCGAGCCAUGACAGUUCAUGUGAUACAGAGCCUCUGGAAUUUCCUGAUGCAAUAAGCAAGAAGCUGUACAAUAUUGCCAUGGAAAUUCUUACCACUGAAAGAGCUUAUGUCAGAAGACUGCACCUUCUUGAUCAGGUAAGGCCCAAAAAGUGAAGUCAAUACUUAGUAGAUAGGGACUACACAAUUUCCCAAACAGAAAAAAAAAAGGGCGAAGAGAGACACUCUUAUUGCAUUUAUUGUAAUCAAACUUAGUAAGAAAAUUUUAUAAAUUUUAUA